UGAAAUAAAACGUAAAUAAAGUAAACCUCCAGGACACAUUGAUCGGAGUUUCAAGCUUUUAUAAGCUGCUGAACGGGUAGUUUCUGUAACGGUGAUUAAAUGGAUAGAAAUCCGAUGAAGUUCUUGUGAUACCUAUUGAUUAUGAAAAUAAACAGGUGUGAAAUCUGACAAAUUAAACUGGAUGUGAGGAUCAAUUUGAAGAGUAUCGUGUAAUAUAAUUGGAGAAAUCAUUUGUCCAAAAAAGUACAAAGGAAUUUUGCAUGUAAGAGAAAAAUUGUCUUCAGUGUAAUAAAUUAUGACACAAAAGGACUAUAAUAUACGAUUUCUCCAUUUAUCGGACAUGUUUAUUCAUAUUUUACACUAUUGUGACUAUAGACGGGUUAUUAAUAUUUUGUGUGUUUAAUACAACAAUAUUAACGGAAUAAGAAAGGAUAAGCAGAUUACACUGCUAAGUUAAGCAGUGCCCCAGUCUGAAGUGUCGGGAAUAUAUUUAUACCUAGUUGCGGUUAUGUUAUGGUGAAGUGUGAAUGUACAGGUUUUUGUUCAGUUCUUGUUAAAUUGAAUAAAUUAUUUACGAGCUGUGAAAAUUCGUGGGAACUACACCAGUUAAGUGAUGUGAAGUUAUGUCUUUGUCAAUGUGCUCUUUGUUAAAGAUAGUAUACUUUAUUUAAAAAUGAUUUAAGAGUAAGAAGGCACUGUAGCUUUUCAACUGUGUAACAUUAAAAUAGAAAAAUAAUGAAACAGGGGAUAAUAUGUAAACAGAACUGAAUUUAAUUUUAAAACAUGAUAAUAAACAGUUCAAAGAUAUGGGAUAAAAUUUACACAGUUAAGACAAUGUAAAAGUUCAGAAUACUUAAAAAUAUUUAUUGUGAGGAAUUCUACUUGUUUGGACAAAUGUUGCGGGAGGAGGAGAUAGAAAUAGCUAUAAAAGUUGUCGUAGUCGGCAAUGGUGCUGUCGGGAAAUCCAGUAUGAUACAGAGAUACUGUAAAGGGAUUUUUACCAAAGAUUAUAAAAAGACCAUUGGUGUGGACUUUCUGGAAAGACAGAUUGAAGUGAAUGGUGAGGACAUUAGACUGAUGCUUUGGGAUACUGCUGGUCAGGAGGAGUUUGAUGCCAUUACGAAGGCUUACUAUAGAGGUGCUCAGGCCUGUGUGCUUGCUUUUUCAACUGUAGACAGGGACUCAUUUGAAGCAAUAGAAUCCUGGAAAAGAAAGGUUGAAGAUGAAGUAGGGGAGAUAAGUAUGGUGAUAGUACAGAACAAGAUUGAUCUCAUAGAUGACGCAGUUGUACAGCCAGAUGAAGCAGAAGCACUUGCCAAAAAGUUACGUCUGAGAUUCUACAGAACUUCUGUCAAGGAUAACCUCAAUGUCGAGGAAGUGUUCCGGUACCUGGCAGAGAAGUAUUUGCAGCAACUUAACUGUGAAGAAGAGGAGGAACCAACCAGUUAUCAUCAGAUAGGAUCAAAUUUCAUCAAUGCAGACAUCAAUAACCACAAUGAUUCCAUAGAAAGAGAUUCAUAUAGAAAUCAUAGCUAUUCAUCGCCAAAAAUAAAAGUGAAACAUGACAAACAUAAAAACGGCAAAAACGGCAAAUUCAAAUUGACUCACAAUGAUGAAGGUACUAUACACCUUCAGCCAAGUAAAAGACGAACUCAUGGGAAAAAAUCCUUGGUUAUGGGAAAGUGUUCAGUGUUGUAGCAUUUACAGUGAAGAAUUCAUAAAACUUAAUUGCAGAGGGUAUGGAUAGACUGUGCUGUCGAACUUUGCCUGCAGAAUGGAGGUAGUACAAAUUUUCACCGAAUAUAGGAAGUUAUUGUAAUCAAUCUGUUUUUUGAAAGAAUAAAACAUCAAGUGAAUUGUACAUUAUUGCAGUAAUCAUAGUCCUGUACUGAAAACCUGAUAAUCUUACCAUCAACUUAGAAUCUUGCACAUGAUCACAAGGACAUAGUUAUUUUCUUUGUUGUAAAGGCGGCCUUCCAUGGGUAAAAAUUAAAAUUAAGUCUAGCCUGCCAAUAAUUAUUGAUUACAGUUUCCAAUUCUACAGGUGCAUUGUGAUGUAAGAAAUAAGUUUGUUUAUCUUUAUGUUCACUAAAAAUCAUAUCCAGAUGAAAGUUUUGGUAUUUGGAUAGGUAGAAAACUAAAGAUGCAGUGUAUUUAUUAAAAGCUUCCAGGAAAUUUUAAUUUAUCUUAUUUGAUUACUGUAAAUCUUUAUAUCAGUGAAAUUUAGUUUCUGUCACAGUAAAUUCCAGCUGUGAAAGUGGAGGAUUUGCCUCUUGCUGUUGGAGUAAUUUUAUUUAACUUCCCAGAAUGCAAUUUUUAUCUAUUAAUUUAUUGAAAACUGUUGAAUCUAUAAAGGACCUUUUACAUUUGUUUUAUCACAUGAAUAUCAGUUUAUCUAAUUUAUCCUCUAAAUAAUUUUAAUGAUCGUCACAUGGGUAAAAUGUUCAAUGUAAAUUCAUUUGCCAAAAUAUGGUAUUUUAACAUAUAUUCAUUUUUAGCUCAUCUGAUUUUUUGAAAAAAAAUGAUGAGUUAUUGUCAUCACUUGAGCGGUUGUCGGCGUCGGCGUCUGCGUCGGCAUUGCCUGGUUAAGUUUUAUGUUUAGGUCAGCUUUUCUCCUAAACUAUCAAAGCUAUUGCUUUGAAACUUGGAAUACUUGUUCACCAUCAUAAGCUGACCCUGUAUAGCAAGAAACAUAACUCCAUCUUGCUUUUUGCAAGAUUUAUGGCCCCUUUUGUACUUAGAAAAUAUCAGAUUUCUUGGUUAAGUUUUAUGUUUAGGUCAACUUUUCUCCUAAACUAUCAAAGCUUUUGCUUUGAAACUUGGAAUACUUGUUCACCAUCAUAAGCAGACCCUGUACAUCAAGAAACAUAACUCCAUCUUGCUUUUUGCAAGAAUUAUUGCCCCUUUUGGACUUACAAAAUCAGUUUUCUUGGUUAAGUUUUAUGUUUAGGUCAGCUUUUAUCCUAAACUAUCAAAGCUAUUCCUUUAAAACUUGCAACACUUGUUCACCAUCAUAAGCUGACCCUGUACAGCAAGAAACAUAACUCCAUCCUGCUUUUUGCAAGAUUUAUGGCCCCUUUUGGUCUUAGAAAAUAUCAGAUUUCUUGGUUAAGUUUUAUGUUUAGGUCAAUUUUUUCUCUUAAACUAUUAAAGCUAUUGCUUUAAAACUUGCAACUCUUGUUCACCAUCAUAAGCUGACCCUGUACAGCAAGCAACAUAACUCCAUCCUGCUUUUUGCAAUAAUUAUUGCCCCUUUUGGACUUAGAAAAAUCAUUUUCUUGGUUGAAUAUUAUGUUUAAGUCAACUUUUCUCAUAAACUAUCAAAGCUAUUGCUUUAAAACUUGCAACAGUUUUUCACCAUCAUAAGUGGACACUGUGCAUCAAGAAACAUAACUCUAUCCUGCUUUUUGCAAGAGUGAUGGCCCUUUUUAGACUUAGAAAAUCAUGGGUAGGACAAUAUUUCUAUUAUACAAAAAAAAUCAGAUGAGCGUCAGCACCCGCAAGGCGGUGCUCUUGUUUUCCACUUCUGUCAUAAUGUCGGUGUUGUCUUGGCAUGUUUUUAUGUUCUUUUAUUGUGCUAAUAAUAAAAGUCUGUGAUCUAAAUGUUUAAAUAUCCAUUGAAAUGCAAUAUAACAUAUGAUAUCAACAGAAUGUGUGAAAAAUCACAUUUAUAUAUUCCCAAAGUUGUUAUCACCAAAUGUGUUUGUAAAGGUGCCUUUUAUAAAUCAUUCUGAACCAUAUGCGAUUUAUGUUACUUUUUGUGUUAAGAGAAUAAAAUAUUUGUUGUCAUUGUUGAAAAACUCUCCGCAGUAUGUAUAACCCUUUCAUGUUUUAAAGGACAAUCCUUGGAUCAACCCUCUUACAACUACUACUACUAAUUAUAUGGCUUGUUGUAGACUAGAUAUGGAUAAGAUGCUGUAAAGGAAGCUUGUAUUAGGCAAUAAAUACUGUGAAAUCACUUAUUUUCUAGGCAUGAAAUUUUCUGGUUUUGGUAAAAUCAGUAAUUUUAUGGAAAAAUGAAUUUGUGGAUUUUAACUGAAAUGCAUGGAAAUUUUAGUUGAUCAUUGGAUUUUAAUGUCAAAAAUUACUGCCCAGGAAAUCCAUGAAAAUUAAACCCCCACAAAUAUUAAUGAUUUCACUUACUUGAUAUAUUGAUUGAGCACACAUUUCUCUAUGAAGUACUAAGUGUCAAGAUAAAUGACUACACCCAGAUGUUUGCUGAUGCCAAAACUAAUGCUUCAGUUUUCUGCCACUGUUAAAUCUUGGAAGUCAACAUACAGUAUAACUUUUAUUAAGGCACAACAGAAAAAUUGUUAUUUGUGACUGUCUAUGAAGUUCAUUUCUCAUUGAAUACUAAAU